AUGUCGAUAGCAGCGGAGAAGAAAACCCCGCCGGUUUACAGCGAGCCUCAUGUUGCAGGACUCUCGGGUUCCAGAAGCGAAAAGAAAAGAGAUGAUGUUCAUCUGGCGCGGUUGGGCAAGAAGCCGGUUCUUCGCCGCAACUUUGGACUGCUGUCGAUGCUUGGAUUUAGUUGUACGAUUCUCGUCACUUGGGAAGGGCUCACUUGUUUGUUUCUUCAGCCCUUGACCAAUGGCGGUCCCGCGGGCGCAGUCUACGGCUUCAUCUUCGUCUGGAUAGGCACCGCUUGUGUCUUUGUGGUUCUGUCCGAGUUGGCUUCCAUGGCUCCAACUUCCGGGGGCCAGUACCAUUGGGUCUCCAUGUUGGCUCCUCGCUCGAGCGUCAAGUUCCUGAGUUACAUAUCUGGCUGGCUCACCGUCAUCGGCUGGCAGGCAACCUUCGCGACGGCCUGCUAUCUCACCGGCACGAUGAUCCAAGGCGUCGCCAUCCUCACGCAUCCGGAUUACAUCCCGGCCUCCUGGCAUCCGACAUUCUACUACUGGGCCGUUGUCGCUUUCGCGCUGGCAAUCAACGUCGUCGGGCGGGGUGUGCUCCCCAGAUUCGAGACGCUAAUGCUCGCCGUCCAUCUCCUCGGUUUCUUCGCCGUCUUGAUUCCACUCGUUUCGCUGGCUGAGAAGAGCUCGACUGCAGAUGUGUUUGCCCAGUUCGUCAACCAAGGCGGCUGGUCGUCGGACGGGCUGUCGUUCUUCGUCGGGCUAAUCGGGUGUGUUUUUGCGUUUGCGGGUGGUGAUGCUGCUGUCCAUAUGUCCGAGGAAAUCGAAAACGCGACCGUCGUCGUCCCCCGCUCCAUCCUCCUCAGCGUCCUAAUCAAUGGCUCCCUCGGCUUCGGCAUGCUCCUCGCCGUCCUCUUCAGCCUCGGGGACCUCGAUGCAGCGCUUGCCUCUCCAACCGGAUACCCGUUCAUGGAGAUCUUCCUGCACGGGACGAGCUCGGUCGCAGGCGCAGCAGCCAUGACCUCCAUCAUCAUCACCGUCUGCAUCUGCUCCUCGACCGGCAUGAUGGCCGCGACAUCGCGUCAAUUCUGGUCCUUCUCGCGCGAUCGAGGUGUGCCCGGUUGGAGGGUCUGGAGUCGGGUGUCUACCUCGACCGCGAUCCCGAUAUGGUCUGUUCUGCUGACGACGGUCGUGUCGGUGCUGCUCGCGCUGAUACCAAUUGGUUCGGCCGUUGCGUUCAACGACCUCUGCGCUAUGUCUAUCUCCGGUCUAUAUCUGUCGUACAUUCUCGUCGCGGGUCUACUCUUGUGGAGGCGAUUGACGAACGAGAUAUCCGUUCCCGCCGUGUCGCUAUUAGCCUCUGAUGUGGACUCUGUCGCCGAAGAACCGGUCAAUACCAUCGGCGCGAAACUCGUCUGGGGCCCUUUCCAUGUCCCAGGCAUCUGGGGCGUUUUGAUUAACAUAUUCGCCAUCAUCUACGCGCUCAUCGCUGUGUUCUUCAGCUUCUGGCCGACUUAUAGCUCUGUCACUCUGGAGACGAUGAACUUUAGUGUUGUGGGCACGGUCAGCGUGAUUCUGCUGAGUGUGCUGUACUAUUUCGUUCGUGCGCGCCAUGUCUAUACCGGGCCGAUUAUCGAGACGAGUGUGGGUGUCAGACCAAGCCAUGGCUAG